AUGGGAUUCGGCCAGAAGUGGAGAGCAUGGGUUAGGGAGUGUGUGACCACUGCUUCUAUGUCGGUUCUGAUAAACGGUUCGCCUUCUAAGUCGUUCAAGAUGGAACGAGGCUUGAGACAAGGUGACCCCCUUUCACCCUUCUUGUUUGUUCUAGUUGUGGAUGUACUGCAUCGAAUGAUUGAAGAGGUAGUUAGGAACGGACGGAUAUCACCACUGUUGCUUGGCAAAGACAGUAUAGUAUUGUCACACCUUCAAUUUGCAGAUGAUACUAUUCUUUUCUGUCCACUAGAAGAGGAGACUAUCAAGAAUUACAGGAGGCUACUGAGGUGCUUUGAGUUGAUGUCAGGGCUUAGUAUCAAUUUUGAUAAGUCCAGCCUGAUUCCAAUCAAUUGUGAUGAGCAGUAG